CAGAAUGUGGCUUCAUCUUCGCCCAAGUGAUUGGUAACUUUGUGGCUGAAGAAAAGAAGGCUUCAUCAGCUUGAAAAUGAAUUCCCUCAGUGCAGCAAAUAUCAAAUUUUGCUUUGAUAUUUUCAGAGAAUUGAAGAAGAAUGAAAAAGGAAAUGUUUUCUAUUCACCUUUAAGCAUCUCAGCAGCAAUGGGCAUGCUAUUAUUGGGACUCAAAGGUAACACUGCAAGUCAAGUAAAGAAGGUCCUUCACUAUGAUGAAGUUGCAAAAAUUGAAAGACCAAGUGUCAAAGAGAGUCCUAGCACAUCACCAGGGGUUGUCUGUGAUAAACCUGGAGAGUUUCAUUCCCAGUUCCAUGCUCUUUUGGAAGAAAUUAACAAGCCCAAUGAUGACUAUUCACUGGCCAUUGCUAACAGCCUCUAUGGAAACCAGACAUUUCCAUUUCUGCAGUCAUAUUUAGAUUGUGUAGAGAAGCUUUAUCAAGCAAGCCCAGAAUCAAUGGAUUUUUCACAAGCUCCAGAAGAGAGUAGGGAGAAGAUUAAUGCCUGGGUUGAAGACCAAACAAAUGAAAAAAUCAAGGAGCUAUUUCCUGCAGGAACUAUUGAUGCAUCUACCAUCCUGGUGCUUGUGAAUGCCAUUUAUUUUAAAGGAAAGUGGGCAAUGGAAUUCAAAAGAGAAAAUACUAAAAAAGCACUUUUCAGGACAAACAAGGACACAAGCACGUCUGUUCAGAUGAUGACACAGAAAGAUUAUUUCAAUAUGGGAUACAUCCAGGAAUGUCAGGGGAAGAUAAUUGAGCUACCAUAUACAAACAACCAUCUAAGUAUGCUUGUACUGCUGCCAACUGAAACUGAUGGAUUAGAAAAGUUGGAAGAAGAACUAACCUCUGAGAAAUUAAUGGAGUGGAUGAGUCCUGAAAAUAUGACUAAAAAGGAAGUUAUUUUAAGGUUCCCUCGGUUUAAACUAGAACAAACUUACUCUCUUGGGCCCACAUUGGAAGCCAUGGGAAUGAGAGAUAUUUUUGAUGCACAAAGGGCUGACUUUUCAGGAAUGACAAGUCACAAGGGCUUGUCUGUGUCUACAAUCUUACAUAAAUCCUUUGUGGAGGUGAAUGAGGAGGGCACUGAAGCAGCAGCUGCCACUGGUAUUGCAGUUGGAUUAAGUGCUUCUCUUGCGGAAGAAUUUAAUUGUAACCAGCCAUUCCUGUUCUUCAUUCGAGACAACAAAAGUAAAAACCUUCUUUUCUGUGGCAGAGUUGUUGCCCCUUAAUAGGGAGCAGAUGGGGAUGGAUAAAAUGUAAGCCCCUCGAGGACAAGAACCAUUUGGCUUUUGUCUUUACAUCUCUGUCACCUGUCCCAGUGCCUGAUAUGGAUUAGGAACUUAAUAAAUGUUCAGAUCAAUUAGUUUACAUAAUCUAAUCUUAUUUUUGUGGCAAAAGUACACAGGAUUAUUAUGUUGAAAUUACUGAACACACCAGUUUCUUUUUUGCUUCUCAAUAAAGAACUCUGGAAUUAAAAUGUCAA